CUGCUAUGACUUGGGAGGCGGCGAACUUUUGGAUUAAAGAUGGGAAAAUGAGAGGAAAGAAGAAAAGGGAAGAAAAGUUUUGUUUUCUGGAAGAGAAGAUGGCCUGCAGAGAAAUUGCGCGGUGGACUUGGCCUUAGGAUGUUUGGUAUAUAUAGUGGAGAAGAUGCAUGGGAGGAGAGAAGAGAAGCCUCUUCAUUCAUCCUUUCGAAAAAGGAAGAAGAGAGUAUUUCCAGUGAGAUUGGCCAAUCCAACAGUGAGUCAGCGCCAGAUCGUCCCUGGAAUUUGAGAUUUUGGGUGAUUAACUUGGUGAGAAGGAGGAACCUUGCUGGCCUAGCCAUGGACUGUUUAGCUUACGAAGCUGCACGGCUUGGGAAGAUAGAUUUCCUGAAGAAUGGGUUUAACAUCUCUGAAGUUCUCUACCAAAAAACAAUCCAGCAGAAAGACAAUCUUCUUCACAUUGCCACGAAUUUCGGGCAGGUGGAGUUUGCCAGAGAGGCCAUACGCUUGAAUCCAGAGCUUUUAAGUGAAGCUAACAUGAAAGGUGACACUCCAUUGCAUACUGCAUCGAGGACAGGCUGUCCACGCAUGGUUGAACUAUUUAUUAGCUGCUCCGAAGCACUAUGUGAUGACAUUGAAAAUGCACCACGGAAUUUGCUGAGAAUGGUGAAUCAGGAAGGUGAUACAGCACUUCAUGUGGCAGUGAGAAAUGGUCAUCUUGAUACAGCACUUCAUGCGGCAGUGAAAUAUGAUCAUCUUGAUGUGGUGAAAUUAUUGGUGAAGGCGGAUAUUGAAUUGCUGCAUAUGGAUAAUAAGGCUAAUGAGUCCCCGCUUUACUUGGCUGUAGAAAGAGGACUUUUCGACUUUACAAAAUAUAUGUUAAAUAAAUGUCCAAAAUGUUCUCAUAGGGGCACCAAAGGCUUGACAGCUUUGCAUGCGGCCGUGGUUCGAACCCAUCAAGGCCAUGUACAUGAAAGUGUUGUUCUUGAAUUGUUAUCCUUAGCAAGACUGCGAUGGUUUGUUUAUGACAAUUUUUUCAAGCUUCUAAAUCGCCUCCGUGGAUCUGUCUCACAUCAAACUGAUGACAUUAUUGCAAUACUACUGGACAAAAAGAAAGAUAUGGUCACAGAAACAGACAUAUUUACGUGGACUCCCCUUCAUUAUGCUGCACAAUUGGGACAUCUUGAAGCGACUAGGAAAUUGCUGGAAUGUGAUAAAUCAGUUGCUUACUUGUGGGAUAAAGAAGAUAGUUCUGCUCUUCACAUAGCAGCUAAAAAAGGCUACCCUGAAAUAAUAGAAGAGAUCAUCAAACGCUGUCCAUGUGCAUAUAAUUGGGUUGACAAUAAAGGUCGGACCAUUCUUCACGUUGCAGCCCAAUGUGGGAAGUCUAUAGUGGUGAAGUAUAUUCUAAAAGAACCAAGAUGGGAAAGCCUAAUAAAUGAGUCAGAUAAUCAAGGCAACACGGCUUUGCAUCUAGCUGCUAUCUACGGACAGUACAACAGCGUCCGGAUUUUGGCUGGCGAUCGUAGAGUGGAUAAGAAGGCAACAAACAAGAAAUAUUUGAAGGCUACCGACAUUGUCCAAUCAAAUAUGGAUCUGGGAGAUAUCAAAAAGUUUUUUAUCAUGAGGAAGUUGGAGAAUGGCGGUGCUCAACAAAGUCUCGAGCGGCUGAUUGUUAGAGAGAACACAGACAGUACAAUCAAUGACAAUGAAGGACCGAAUGAAGGCAUAAAUGAGUUAGAGCUUAGAGAGGACAGAGAGAGAACAUCACUUCAUGCAAGUGAAUCGCUUUGUGACAGUAAUAAUGAAGUUGUAAAGAAGAAAGAGAUCACAUUGAAGUAUUUGAAGGAUGUAUCAAACACCCAUCUACUGGUGGCAACCCUCAUAGCAACAGUAACUUUUGCAGCUGGUUUCUCUCUUCCUGGUGGGUACAAUGAAGAUAAGCCAAACAAGGGUAAAUCAGUUUUAUCAACAAAGGCAGUUUUCAAAGUCUUUGUGAUAACAGAUGCUAUGGCUUUCUAUUGCUCAACUGCAGCUGUGUUUCUCCACUUUUUUGCUUCACUGGAACAAAACUAUCAUUUGCUUCGUCGUUUCACAAGAUUUUCCGCCCUACUCACUUACAUCUCUCUACUGGGAAUGGUGAUAGCAUUUACUUCAGGCAUUUAUGUGGUGCUACCUGAUUCCUCCCCGACUUCAACAACUUUAAUUGUGUUUGGGUGUUUAUUCUUGAGUUUUUACAUCUUUGGGAUUCUGUAGAACCAUAGAAUAGAAUGUGAUAUCAAUUGUAUAUUCUUAAUUUCUCAAUGAAGUUAUAGACAAUAUAUACAUUAGUUCA